AUGUCCGAAAUUAGUUGUAAUUCAACGAAGAAGUGUCACUGUGGUGAAAUUGCUCGUUGUUUCACUUCGAAAACACCUUCAAAUCCUAGUAGGAUAUUCUAUAAGUGUCCUAAACCUAAGGCUGAAAAUUGUGGUUUUUGGGAGUGGCAAGAUAAUUUUCUAAACAAUGCUUUAUUGGAAAUAAGUGAUUUGAAGGGUAAAUUGAAAGUGGCUACGGUGAAGAUGGACAAUUUAAGAGAGUCGUUGAAUGCGGUUAAGCUCGAAAAAGACAACUUGAAGAAAAAGGUGCAUAACUUAAAGGCUAUAAAUAACUCUCAAGUGAACAAAUCAAGGGAAUUGGAAGAGAAGAUGUUGAAGUUGAAGAUGCUGUUUAUGAUUUCAUUGGCCGUAUUUGUUGGAUUUUUUUGUCGCUAA